AUGUCAGACGAUGCUCUAUAUUUAGGACUGGACUUGUCCACCCAACAACUCAAGGGUAUUAUUGUCAACUCGUCGCUGGAUCAUGUGUUCCAUACCAAGGUCGAGUUUGACGGAGACCUCCCUGAAUACAAGACUGUCAAGGGUGUGUACAACAACCCCUCGGAAAAAGAGGUCCAAGCACCAGUGGUGAUGUGGCUUGAUGCUCUUGAUUUACUAUUUAAAAGAAUUGUUGAUUCCGGUAAAGUCGAUCUGUCAAAACUACGGGGAAUCAGCGGCGCUUGUCAACAACAUGGCAGUGUCUUCUGGAAUUCUCGAGCUGAAGCUGCUUUGGCCGACUUGUCCCCUUCUACAACUUUAAAAAAUAAUUUGCAGACUUCACUUUCCUGGCAAUUGAGUCCCAAUUGGCAGGAUCACUCGACUGCCAAAGAAUGCAAACAGUUCGAAGAGGCUAUUGGCGGUAAAGAAAAACUGGCUGAAGUGACUGGUAGUGGCCCUCAUCGUAGAUUCACAGGUCCUCAAAUUCUCAGAUUGAAACACAAGUCUCCUGAACUUUAUAAAGCCACUGAUCGAAUCGCGCUUGUAUCAUCGUUCAUUGCCAGUGUUUUAGCUGGUAAGUUUGUUGGCAUUGAUAUUAGUGAUGUAUGUGGUAUGAACCUGUGGGAUUUAGAGAAAAAAGAGUGGUCACCCAAACUUCUCGAGUUGAUUGCUGGUGACGAUGAGACGGUGGAGCAAGUCAAGCAUAAACUAGGACCAGUCGAGCCCAAGCCCAAAUCUAUUGGCAAUAUCAGUUCAUACUUUACUGAAAAGUAUGGUGUAUCUGACAAGUGUUCGAUUGUACCAUUUACUGGAGACAAUCCAGGUACUAUUCUGUCCAUGCCUCUUGAAACCAACGAUGUCAUUAUCUCACUCGGUACCAGUACCACUGCUCUUGUUGUGACUGAAAAGUAUGUUCCAUCAGCCAUGUACCACAUGUUCACCCAUCCUACCGGCAAGGGAUACAUGGGCAUGCUGUGUUACUGUAACGGAGCCUUAGCUCGUGAGCAAGUUCGUGACGAGAUCAAUAAAAAGUACCACGUGUCAGACCCACAAAGUUGGGAUAAGUUCAACGAGUUUGUCCUCAACCGACCAAUUCUCGGCGACAACCCUGACGAGUGCAGUAUUGGCUUUUAUUUCCCAUUGAGCGAGAUCAUUCCCGACUGUCCCAGCACUCUCAAGAGAUUUGUAUGGAAAAAGGGCCAAUCUGAGCCCCAAGAUGUGACCCAACCUUCCACUGCCAGUGCCUCUGAAUGGCAGACUCCCGAAGACGACGCUCUCCGAAUCCUUGAAUCACAAGCUCUGUCCAUUCGAUACCGUUUGGCACCCAUGCUGACCACCGAGUCCAAAACCCCCAGAAAAGUGUACUUUGUUGGAGGAACCAGUCGAAACGACGCCAUCUGUGAAGCCUUAUCUCGAGUGCUGAUGCCGUCUGAAGGUUCAUUCCGUCUCGAUCUCGCCGACGCUUGUGCCAAAGGUGCUGCCAACCUGGCUGUUUUCGGCGCGUCGGCCACCACCGACACCUGGGAGCACUUCAUCAGCUCCAAAUACAACUACAGCACCACCCAGUCGGUCGGCGGCCACCACACCCAAGACCGCUACGCCGCUGCCAUCGACACCUUCACCAAAAGCGAGAAGUAUCUGCAUGAACACCUCUAA